CUUGUCAAGGUGCCGAACAGGAAGAAGGCAAGCAAUACGACUGGUUGCAGUCAGAUGGAGACGAUGGACGAGCAUCCUCCUCCCAACCAGAGCGUAGGUGUUGGAGCUGAUGACAGCCAGCCACCACAAGGUGGCAAUAAUCCCCCCGAGUCGAUGGAGCAACAUCCUCGUCCCAACCAGAGCAGAGGGACAGCAGAUAAUCAGCACCGGCAGGAGAAGAGGGAGCAUCCUCCUGCCAAGAAGAGCAGAUCAGAUCUGCUACUGCCUCAUGGACGGCCUGCUUCAGUCCCUGAUUUGCAGGCCCAGCUGGGAGCUGUCCAGGAAAAAAUGGCAGACUUAGAGAUGAAGAUGCAGCGAGACCGGGAGGAGCGUGCGGCAGAAAGGGAAUACAACGCGGCACUCCGAGGCUGGUUACAGAAUUAUGUCGAUACUUUCCACUUGAAACAAAACCUACAGAUGGUGUCUCCUCAAUUCCCCAUACUGAAGCCCCCACCUCUGCCACGGAUGCCACCUCCACGUGGUCCUAGCACUCCGGGAUCAGCUGCAUCGAAUCAAUCUGAAGCCGCUGGUACUCUUGCUUCACAGGGCCUGGUCACCUCUCGUAACGGUGGUGCUUCCACUUCCCGUCAGUGAUGUAUCAUGAUGAUGGAUCGCCACCAGUCGGAUGUGUUGUUUUCAUGUUGUGGCUGGGGCAUUGAAGACCAUUUGGCUUGACGGGAUUGUAUCUUUUAUGACUUGUAUGGAAUUUUUUACUUGUAUGGAUAUGUUUGUGACUUGGAAGGACUCUGUAGAUGAUCGUUUUGAUUUAUUUGUUUUGUGUUUGCUA